AUGUCAUCUCGUGAUUCGGAUGCAGAAUUUGUUCCGGUUUUAUCAUCACCAACAUCUCCACAUCAAGAAGAAGAAGAGGAAAAUGCUAACCAAUCAGUUGCAAUGUAUUCUACAAGAAGGAGUAGUUUUGAGAAGAAAAUGACAGAAGUAAUGAUCUCACAAAAUAUGAACAACAUUCGAUAUUCGGAAGAAGGAAAUGAAAGUCAAAUCAUUUGUGAUCAUCUUGUAGCCGAUAAUUCCAAUCCGACUGAAAUGAUGAAUACUAAUAACAACAACAACAUUUAUUCUACCAAUGCUAUCAAACAAGAUAACCCUGUCUCGGGAAACUCACAUGUGUCACCUUCGAAUGGGAUCCAACAGCAAGAGCCACAGACAACAAAUUCCACAAUUACAAACAUUCCUCCUGAAAUUCGUAAUCGAAUUGGAGUGUUACCUCCACUUGCCAAAUCACCUUCGAUACAACCAGAGCGCCCAAAAAUUGAUUAUUCUAAAUUGGGAGCUUCAUCUUUUGAAAAAUUAAAACUAAUAGGAAAGGGAGAUGUUGGAAAAGUAUAUCUUUGUAGGCUCAAAUCUACUGAGCUAUACUUCGCGAUGAAAGUGUUAAGGAAAGAUGAAAUGAUCAAACGAAAUAAGGUCAAGCGAGUUCUCACAGAAAGAGAAAUACUUGCCACAGUGGAUCAUCCAUUCAUCACCAAAAUAUUUUGUUCGUUCCAAACGAAAGAGUCACUUGUCUUUAUAUUGGAAUGGUGUGCUGGUGGUGAAUUUUUCCGUGUUUUAAAGAAACAACCUUUCAAAUGUCUUCCUGAAAAUAUAGUACGAUUCUAUGCUGCUGAAGUUGUUCUAGCCUUAGAAUAUUUACAUUUGAAAGGGUUCCUUUACAGAGAUUUAAAACCAGAGAAUAUUUUACUACACCAUACAGGUCACAUUCGACUGACAGAUUUUGAUUUGUCAAAGCAAUCCGUCCAACCAGUGACACCAACAUUGGUGAAAUCUUUUUUCUCGUCUGAAAAACAAAGCAAGGUAGAAGUGAAGCAAAUUCAGGAAUCGAAUUCAUUCAUUGGAACUGAAGAGUACUUGUCACCUGAAGUACUGUCAGGCGUUGGUCACAACUGCUGUGUGGAUUAUUGGACUUUGGGAGUUUUACUUUAUGAAAUGCUUUUUGGAACGACACCUUUCAAAGGUAAUACACAACAAGAGACUUUCCAAAACAUCUUACAUAAUACAGUGACAUUCCCAAUCAAGACUGCUUAUCCUAUCAGCAAGCAAGCAAAAGACAUUAUUUCACAGUUACUGAUCAGAGAUAAGGACAAACGAUUGGGAAGUGCUCACGGUAUUGCAGAUAUCAAAGCUCAUCCAUUCUUUAAAGAUAUUAAUUGGGCUCUCAUACGUAAUGAAAUACCUCCAAUCAUUCCAGUGUUAAAAUCAAAAACAGAUACAUCCUAUUUUACUCAAUAUAAGGAGAUACCUCAAGAUGAAAUCGAUGAAGAAGAACCCAUGAAAGAAGAUGAAGAAGAAUCCUCUGAUAAUCCAUUUAAAAACUUUAGAUAUCAAACGAAAAAAGAUAUCAAUUCAUUUGAUGAGAAAUGA